CAGUGGCGUUGUGUAACUGAGGGAAGCGAGUGUGUAGGAAAGACAUUACAACUCGGUGAUUCGCAGUGCGGUGAAGUGAAGUGUAGUGAAGUGGAGUACUAUGAAAGAUUUCACGAAGAAAAGCCAAAUAGUAAAAGAAGUGAACUGAAAACUCAUGCACGCAUCCCAUUCGUCAGAAGUUCGUUUGCCCAGGCAGAGAAUUGGAUUUUCGAGGGGCGAUGGCGUCGCCCCGAGCCGCGCCGGCUGAGCGCCAUGGGGCCGGCCCCGGCCCGCCCCGGCCGCGCGGCGGCCGCAGGCCCCCCGGCGCCCGCCCCCGCCCGCGCGCUGGGUGGCCGCUCGCUCCUGCGCGGCGCUUGCACUCGCCCCCUGGCUACGCCCACGCCCACACACACGUUCGUCAACGCAGAGAACGACACUGCGUGGGCGGCGGUCGGGCGCGAGUCGCUGGCGCCGGCGGAGUCGUCGAGCCCCUCUGCCAGCGCGCCGCCCGGCGCCGCCCCCACCGCCCCCACCGCCGCUGCCGACACGCCGCUGCCGCCGCCGACGACAACACGCGCCGCCAGCGAGGCCCCGGCUAAGGCCUCCGCCCUCCCGUCGCCCUCGCCCACGCUCACGCCCGCGCCCGCGCCCGCGCCCUCGCCCUCAGGGCCACCGCUCACCGCCACCGCCGCCGCCGCCACCGCCGCAGAGACGUCCAUUGCAGGAGCGUGGUCGGUGGCGCCAGCGGCGUCGACGCCGGCGACGGUGCGAACGACUCCGGCCGCAGUCCCCUCGUCGCCCGCCCUACCUGCGCCGCUGCCGUCGCGCCGCCCUUUCCGGCCACCGCCGGCGCCGCACCUGCACCAGAGCGCGCGCUACGGCCCCUACUUCGAGGACGGCGAGGGCCCCGCCAACGUCACGGCGCGCGUGGGCUCCACGGCGCGCCUCGACUGCCGCGUGGGCCUGCUGCACGACAAGACGGUGACGUGGAUGCACCGCAAGGCGGACUCGAUGCACCUGCUGACGGUGGGGAAGGUGGAGUACAGCUCGGACCAGCGCAUCCGCCUGAGCUUCCGCUACCCCAGCAACUGGCGCCUGGAGAUCGUGUACGUGACGCGGCGCGACGAGGGGCUGUACGAGUGCCAGGUGGCCACGCACCCGCCGCGCGUGCGGCAGGUGCACCUCAGGGUCACAGGUAAGCCCCCUCUACCCACAACACACUUGGACUGCUUCGCCAGAAAAUGUUUCACUUUU